UUACAUAAGGGCACCAACUCCAACAAUCUCCCGCUUGCACUAUGGCCAAUCUGGCAUCGGUCGAAUACCCAUUGACCUAGUGUGACCCUCAUGCUUUAGCUUUCCCAAGGGCUUGGUCAGGGGGUCGGCUAUGUUGUCGUCUGUUCCUACUUUGCAAAUCUCCACAUCACCUCUCUCUAUGAUUUCUCGUAUGAUGUGAUAACGUCGUACAAUGUGCUUGGUCUUUUGGUGAGAUCGUGGUUCCUUCGCCUGUGCAAUGGCCCCAGUAUUGUCGCAGAACAACGGGUUUGGGUCAUUAAUGCUAAGAACCACUCCAAGUUCAGAAAUGAAUUUCUUUAUCCAAACACCUUCCUUUUCUGCUUAAGCAGCAGCCAUGUACUCCGCCUCCGUAGUUGAAUCGGCGGUUGUGUCCUGUUUAGAACUCUUCCAGCUAAAAGCUCCGCCAUUCAGGCAAAACACAUACCCUGCUUGUGACUUAUUAAGCGAAAAGUCCCUGCAAUACAUCAGCAAGCUGGCCACUAUGGAAGAAAUAGAGAGCCUGAGUUUGACCAAGGAGAACAUGCCCAGACGGCCUGCCACGAACUACAUUCCUAUUAGCAUGGUGGUUCCCCUUGCUAGAUGGGGGAUAGACUUGGUCGGAGCAUUGCCGAAAAGUAGGAAACAUGCCAGAUGGGUGGUCGUAGCCAUUGACUACCUUACUAAAUGGGUGGAAGUUAAGCCCCUGUCCAGAAUCACUGAGCAACAAAUGAUGAAAUUCAUAGGGACCAACAUACUGUGUAGGUUUGGUGUCCCGGAACAAAAAGUCACUGACAACGGGACCCUAUUUGAAGGCAGGAAAUUUACCCAGUUCUUGAAGACAUGGGGGAUCCAGCACGGCAAAGCCUCGGUGGCAUAUCCACAGGAUAAUGGACAAGAGGAGAAUGCAAAUCACAUAGUUUUAGAUGGGAUCAAGAAGAAGCUACAGGCUAAAGGCAGCAGUUGGGUAGAUGAACUACCAAGGAUCUUAUGGGCAUAUCGGACAACUCCCAGGAGAGCCACCACAGACACACCAUUUGGAUUGGCAUAUGGCUUUGAAGCCCGGGCACUGGUGGAAGCCGUCCUCCAUACUUGGAGAGAACAGCAGUAUGAUCCACAUGGUAACGAGGAAAAUCAAGGAAUCGAGUUGAACUUCGUGGAGGAAAGGAGGGUAGAAGCUCGGAUCUGGCCAAAAAAUUAUAAGAAACAAGUUAAAUACUACUUUGAUAAAAGGGUGAAGCCAAAAGCAUUCCAGGAGGCCUGGCUCCAGAGACCAAAUGAGUGGUAUGUGCGUCAGGAUUGCGCCUCUUCUGGGACUGGAAAGUGCCACGGCGAUCAGAAGAAGCCUCCGCAACAACACCUUCGCGGGACUAGCCAGAGAAACAACCCGACCACUAUGACGCUGUUGUCUGCCAUCUUCCUUGCCAAUUGAUUCUUGUUUUGCUUAAUUCGUCUAUUAAUCAAGGUAACAUGAAUGAUGAAUAAGGAAUUAUCCUGGAG